GAGAGGGAGGGAGGGGGUGUUGUCGGCGUUUCCCUCCAGACAUACAUCAUUUCAGCCCAACCUACAGCUGCUACCACAGAGAUGGAGACUACAGCAUUGCGGGAAUAACUUAAGACGGUGGCCGAGUCCUUACAAGAGACAAAUUCAGGUGACGGACUUUUUCUUUCAAGAAGGAUCAUUAUUCCUGGUGCUAAUGAUGUGUUGACGGAGCUCAGUCCUGCAGCUGUCACUGGGUUAAACCCCGUCAACCUUGGAGAGGGGAGAGGGCGGUCUGUUAGGACGGCCAGAAGUCCUCGGAGCCGGCUGCUUCUGCACAGCAACCCGGAUCUCACGUCCAAACUGGAGUCAUGUUUUGCUGCAUUCACGAUGAUCUGAGCGUGACUACUGGGCGCUGAGCAGAGGAAUCCCUCCUCUCUCUCUUUUCCUUUCUUCCUCUCCCGCCUCCCUCUUCUGCUUUUCUGUCUCUCUUUUCUUGUCGCGGGUUCAGCACAGGCUGCCCAGUCAUUUAGCCCCCUUUUUUUACAGCGCUGGGGAAGCUGAAAGCGAUGGGACGACUCGGUUUCAGCACCACGGAGAGCGCCCGGCUUCUGCUGCUCGGCGUGUUCGGUGUGCUGGCGCUGUCCGUGGUGCUGGCGGAGCAGGAAGGGGAGAACCUAUCCGGUCUCUCCACCAACCCAGACAAAGCCAUCUUCGCGGUCCGGGAGAACGGCACGACAUGCUUGAUGGUGGAGUUCGCCGUGAGAUUCCUCGUGCCAUUUGACGUGCUCGCGCUCAAUGGGAUAGACCUGAUCACCGAGCAGGCGGCGUUCACUCUGCCCCGUGAUGCAGAAAUCGAGGGGAAAUGUGGGAGCACGGAGUCAGAGAUCCACAUAACCUGGAAGAACAACGCCUACACGCUUCGCAUCUACUUCUCUAAGGAGUUCCGUGACAAGGGCAUUGAGGUGUGGAAGAUUAGCAAGGUUCAGUUCGUCUAUGAUACCUCGGAGACAUCGCAUUUCAUCAACGCGUACAACCCUGGGAAGCACACAGCCAACACCCACCACCUGUCGGCCCUGGUGACCCCCGCCGGGCGCUCCUAUGUGUGCCUAGCGCAGCAGACGCUCACCCUCAUCUCGACCGACCACCAGAAGGGCGUCACCGUCUCCAUGUAUGACACCCAGAUCCAGCCCUUCGACAUCGCCUCUGACUUCAUGUUCAGCGAACCCUACAAGUGCAUCACUGACCAGCGGGAGCGCCUGGAGGAGACCCUCCCCCUCAUUCUGGGUUUCAUUUUGGCCCUCAUAAUUGUCAUCACACUCACCGUCUACCACUUCCACCUGAAGCUGACGGCGCCCCAGCUGCCCCAGCUGCCCAGAGAUCGCUCCAUGUACAAGAACAUGUAGCCAGCAGCUCCCUCAGCUCUCUCCAAAGCUAACCUGAAAAAUAAAAUAAAAAAAGGACUUGUCUCCUCGAUGUCCCAGGCCUAACACCACAGAGGAAAGAACCACGUGAUGGACUGAAUCCCUGACGGAGAAAUGUGUGCCGCCUGUACUGAAGGCCUACUGGAACUUCUGAACAGCUAAAACACGAGUUAAGGGGACGGCUUGGGGCCUAGCAUGGAUGUAGUUGCAGGGUAAACCCACCAAAACCUAAUUUUCCCGGCUGCUGAAUUGAAUCUUAAUGCUAUAAAUUCAUAGUCUGUAUUACAGUAAUUAGAAUUUUAAUGAAAAGAAAUUUAUGCUUUUAUGAAAAUAUAAUAGAUUUUUGUUCAGACUGGUGGGCUUCUGAAAAUCUCCAACUUGAGGUUACAGUGUUUAUUUACCCAUUUAUUUUUCCAUAACAUUACUGGGACUUUUAUCAGACUUGUCUUUGAAAGAAAUGUCAGAAUUUGCCAGAGCUUCUGCUGUCAUUUGUCAACUGUUGUCUCCUCCUCUCUUUCUCUCUCUGAAAGUGCUGCUAAAUAAUUUGAAUACCUAUUGUUGGUUCUGUAUUUGCUGAUCUUGAUUUUAUUUUUGUUCAAGAAUCCCGUUUAUUGAAUGUUUUGAAUGCAGCCAUAGUGUUUCACAGUGGACCAGUCUUGUAGUGUGUGCAGUGCAGUGGCAUUCAGAGUUGCGACGUUCUUGCUUUGACUUCAACAAAUCUUUUCUCCACACCGAUGUAUGGAACAUAUCAAAAAAAGGAAGAAAGAAAUGCAUAAACAUCUGACAAAAAUUCUGUACUAAAAAGGGAAGAAUUUUAUCAGAAUGCCAUAUGAGAGUGUUUAUGAAAAGAGAGGUUAUCAAAUUGAAAAAAAGAAUAUGUGUAUAAUAUUUUCAGAAUCAAAGUCUAUGCAUAAACCUCUGCUGAUGCAAUCUUGUGCGGUAUUCUUCUGUUCAGUGAAAUAAAUUGCUGGAAUCAUCUCUA